CGCACCGUUGUAGGCCGGGAACGCGCGGGAGGUGGUUCACCUCUCCUGUGUGUGCCCGAGCGGAAAGGCGGCGGCGGAAGGCGGCGGCACACAGCGGGCAAUGUCCGAGUCGGCCUCCGACACGCUCGAUAGCGGCCCGUUUCACACCGGCAAGGUGGAGGAGCACGAGCAGUACGGGCGGCGGCACCAGCACCACCACCACAACCAGCAGCGCCGAUCCCUGACGCCCGGCGGCAAAAAGGACGCACGAUACGAACCGGGGACGACGAGGACGGCGAUGUCACCGAUGGGCGAUCUGCCGGCCGGCGACGAUGACGACGAUCAGCAGCAGCAGCAGCAGCAAAGGAAGCUGUCCGGGCCGGGCGACCGGGAGGCAACGGGAGGCGGCGGACCACCAAACAGUGCGGCCGGCCGCACCCGGUACACGGCGUCGCAGCUGCUGGCGCUGCGCGACACCAACCUGUCCAAGGUGCGGCCGCCCUGCAUGGACGACCCGAAGUCGGAGAAGCACCUGAAGAUGAUCUCGAUGCUGGCGCGCCGCUCCGAAACGCCCUACGACGAGGACGGGCCGCCGGCGGGCGGUGGUGGUGCGUCCGGCGCAGGAGGCUUCGGGCGGAACCGGGCCUCGUACGGCGGGGGCUCAUCCUCGGCCGGUAGCGGAGCCGGUGGCAGCAGCUCGCUUGGGGCCGGAUCGGGCAACGGGCCCGGGCUGGGUAGUGCCGGGCGGGGCGAGAUGCGCCGCUCGGUCGGUGGCAGCGGGGGCAGCGGCGGCAUGGCCGAUCCGAAGGAGCGGCUGCGGAAGGAGGAGGGCAUCGUGCUGUCGCCGCAGCGCCGCUCGUUCAACAUGGGCUGCCAGAUGCCGUCCGCCCCGUCGUCGGGCGGGGCCGGCAGCAGCCUGGGACUGUCCGGGAGCCUGCUGCGCUCCGACCGGGACAUGCUCGGCGGAGGAGGAGGUGGUGGAGGAGGCAGUGGCGGCGGUGGAGGAAGCGGUGGAGGCGGCGGCGGCGGCGGCGGUGGACGCGAGCGACGCAUCGGCAGCGGGCGGAUCAUGACGCGCGACAGCCUGUGGGAGUACGGCCGGAUGGAGUCGGGCGACUAUCGUGCGGGCAGUGGCGGCGGCGGAGCGGGCGGCAAUUCGUCCUCGUCCGGGGGCAGCUUCCGCGACCGGGAACCGAUGGCGAUGCGCGGCGAGCCGGGCGGCAAGGACGGGAAGGAUGGGCCGCGGGGGCGCAACAGCGAGGGCCGCGGCCUGCAGGAGAAGGACUACCACGACGAGGGCGGCGGCCGGUACGAGCCGCGGGAGUCGCGUGAUCGCCGCGACCGCUGGGGCGACAAGGGCGACAGUGGCCGGGGGCCGAUGCGGGGCUACCACAAGGGCGGCUCGUCCGGCUACGGCGAAGGCCGGGGCGACGGUUCGUACUACGGGGGUGGUGGCGGGUACGGUGGUGGAAGCGGCAACAGCUACGGAAAUUACGGCUCGAGCAGUGGCGGCAACAGCAGCAACCAUCAUCACCACCACCAUCACCAUCACCAUCAUGGGGGCGGCGAAGGCGGCCGCAGCUAUGGCGACCGGCGCCGGUACAACAGCGACAACGGGCGGGACAACGAGGAGCCGGAGUGGUUCAGCGAGCCGACCUCCCAGCACGACACGAUUGAGCUGCGCGGGUUCGACGAUCCGCUGUCCGAGCAUGGCAGCGAAUCGGGCGACACGCCGAACGGCGACGGCCGCGACGAUACGGAGGGCUCGCCCGACCACCACCAGACGGCGGCGGCGGCGCCCGAUCAGUCCGAGGCGACGGCCGGCACGAAACGGCCGAGCGAGGAACCGACCGGCGAAUGGCGGCCCGAGCUGGACGAGACGCUGCUGAAGCUGAUCGAGGACGGAAUGCCGAAGGCAUCGACGGAGGAGGAGGUGCGGGCGGAUGGCUUGCGCCUGAUCAGGGAGCUGAAGCGCGUGUCGAUGAAGGAGCUGGGCCGGGCGACGCCCUCCCAGCCGACGGCCGAGGAGGAAGUGCCGGCGGCGGUGCUGAAGCUGAUCGAGGACUACAUGCCGAAGGGCAGCAGCGUUGGGCCGCCGGGCAAGGAGAAGGUGCGGACGGACGGCAUUAUACGCCUGCUCAAGGAGUUCAAGCGCAUGUCGCUGAAGGAGCUGAGCGGCUUCCAGGGCCGGGAGACGCCCUCCCAGCCGCCGGCCAAGGAGGAAGCGGUGCUGAAGCUGAUCGAGGACGGGAUGCCGAAGGCAUCGACCGAGGAGGAAGGGCGGGCGGACGGCAUACGGCUGAUGAAGGAGCUGUGCGGGUCCCAGGACCGGGCGACGCCCUCCCAGCCGCCGGCCGAGGAGGAAGCGCUGACGGACGGUAUCCGUCUGAUGGAGGAGCUGUGCGGCUUCCGGAACAUGGUGCAGACUGAUUACAGCGCAAUGGACAUGUUGCUGAACGAUGUCGGUGGCGGUAGUCGCGAGAGCCGAUUUUCGCAAUUUUUCCGCCAAGACAACGAUACCGCCGCCAAGGGGGAUAGUGAGGGCGUGGUGGCGGCGGCGGCAGCCGAUGCGAAGGACCGGCGCAGCCGCCAGAACUCGCUGCACGAGGACAUCGGCAAGAUGAUGAAGGGCAUCGCGGCGUUCGACGACAUCGUGAGUGGGGCGACCGCUACCAGCAACAAGUUCUUCGCGCCGAUCUCGCCGGCCGCCACCUCCAACACGCCCCAGUCGUUCCUGGAGCUGUUUCACCGCACCGCGCUGAAGGGCCAGCUCGAACCGCCGCAGCAGCCGGUAGGCCAGCGGCCGCUAGACGGGACGCCGCAGCCGUUCGAUCGGCACGCGAUGCACCUGAACUCAAUGAUGGCAGACGAGCAGCAGCAGGGGAAGCAGCAGCAGUUGCACCACGAGCAGCAGCAACAGCUGCAGAACCGCAGCCUGCAGCAGCUGCUGGGCGUGACCGGUAGUGGUGGUGGUGGUGGUGGUGGUGCCGGUCCUCCUUCUGGUACGCCGCCGGGCGCUACCGAGCGCGGGCCGGUCGGGCCACUGAUGCCCAAUCUGGGCGCGAUGCCGUCCCCGGCCAGCCUCGGCCAGGUGCACAGUGUCGAGGAGCUGGAGGCACGGUUCCGCCAGUCCGACCUGAACGGGGGAGAGGGUGGCGCACCGAGCGGUGGCAGAACGCCCGGCCCACCGAACGAUCCGUUCGCCGAACAGCAACCGAUGGCGAUCGGUGGCGGCGGCGGCGGAUCCAUCCCGCGGCUAAUCAUGCCGGGCAACGACCCGGCGAUCGGGGCGAUCCAUCCGCCAGUGGUAGCAGCGCCUCCGGCCGGUGGUGCCCCUCCCACCACCCCCGACGGUGGCGCGGUACGGCAGCAGGAGCUGCUCGCGUUCAAGAAGCUGCUCAACCAGAUGAGCGAAAAUCAGAUGAACGGAGGCGGUGGCGGCCCACCACCGCACCAGCCCGGACCACCGGUGCAGCAGCACCACGGCCAUCCGGCACACGCCGCCCACAUGGCGGCCGUUGCGGCCCAGCACCAGGGCGGACAGGGUCCACCUCCGCACCAGGGCGCGGCCAUGUCGGCGCUGCCGGCCAUGCUGCAGAUGAUGCAUAUGGCUCCGAUGCCACACCCAGGAACUGAUCAGCGGCACGCCACCGAGCUGCUGAAGCGGCCGGAAACGCAAACGCUCAUGAUGGCAGUGGCGCGGGGCGAAGUGUCCCAGCACAGCCUGUGGCAGCAGCUGACGAACCCGGCGACGGCCCAGUCGCACCGGGAGAUCAUCUCGGCCGUGCUCGGCGCGUGCAACGGUGGGUCGCGCGUCGUGUCGCCGAGCCUGCUGCUCAACCCGAACAGUAUUCAACCGCCCAUGCCAAUGCCGAUACCGCCCCCAGCUGCCCCGGCCGGGGCCGGCGCCAACCUGCUGUUUCACCCGAAGCAGCAGGUGCGCCUGUCCCCGCUGCCCAAUGGGAUGCCGCAGCGGAUUCCGUCACCGCGCGAGCUGCAGUACCACACGCAGUCCAUCCUGCAGAACGCACUGAUACGCAAGAAGCUCGAGGAGCAGCGUGAAAACUAUCGCAAGAGACAGGAACAGCAGCAGCAGCAGCAGCAGCAGCAGCAACAGCAACAGCACCAGCAACAGCAGCAGCAACAGCAGCAACAGCAGCAGCAACAACAGCAACCAUCACAGCCGCAGCCAGCAUCGCAACAGCAACCCCAGCCACCGGAGCAGCCGGGACAGCCGGAAGAGCUGCAGCAGAAGCUGAAAGAGCAGCAACAGCCGAUGAUGCACCAGGGCCCGCCAGCUGCACAGUCGAUGCAAAAUUUUCCUCAUCUGCCACCGGCACAGUCCGAGCAGGAUGCAGCACCGCAGCAGCAGCACCAUCAAUCAGCGGCGGAACCGUCCCAGGAGCCGCGCCAUGCGCAACAUUCCGACGCACCCGACCAUCAGUCGGCACAGCCGACCGGUCAGCAGCCAGCGAAUCCGGCCGAAAUGGGACCGGCAGCAGCAGCAGCAGCAGUGCCCGGCGGCACUAGCAUGAUCAAAGCCGGCGGUGGCGGCCCUGUCGGUGGAGGGCGCAUAAUUAGUGGCGGUGCCGCGGCGAGUGCGGCAGUCUCACCGUCGAAGCAGAACCAGAUGCAAACGCAACAGGUCGCGUCGCCGACGCCGCUCGCUUUUACGCCCACGUCCGUGCUGCGCAAGAUGACGGCGGCACAGGAAAAGGAACCGGACAGUGCGAUCCCGCACCACAUGCAGCAGCAGCAGCAGCAGCAGCAGCUACCGCCGCAACAGCAGCAACAGGGUCCCAUGCCCCAACCACAACUGCCAUUACCGCCAGCCCAUCCGCAAAUGAUGCUCAACGAGCAGCAGCAGCAGCAGCAGCAGCAGGGCCAUCUGCCGCACGUCGAACCGGGCCGCAUGGGGCUCAACUAUUCAGCCCUGCUCGAGAUGAUGCAGCACCAGCAGUACAUGAAGCAGCAGAUGCAGCAGCAAAUGCAGCAGCAUCAGAAACCGUUCCCGCUGCAUCCGCACGGCCCGCAGCACCCGGUGAUGCAUCCGAUGCCUGGCGGGCCGCAACCACCGCAGCCGCCGCCCCAGCAGCAGCAACAGCAGCAGCCACCGCAACCGUCCCAACCGGGGCAAUUCCCAGCCGAAUCUCAACCACCGCAGUCGGAGCAGCAGCAGCAGCAGCAGCGUCCGUCACCAUUCGGGCAGCCGGGUCCACAUCCGCCGCCCCCGAUGAACAUGAUGCACCAUCACGGGCCGGGCGUCGGUGCGAACCAUCUGCCGGUGGUGCCGGCGAUCAUCAACCCGAUGGGCUCGAUGCCGUCGUCGGUCGUGGGUGCAAUGCGCAACAUGCAGCCUGCGAUGCCGAACAACAUUCCAUGGAAUAUGAAGCAGCUGCAGCAGCAGCAGCCACAGUCGAACGUACCGCAAUCGCAGCCGCAACCGCAGCCGGGCGGUCCGGGGCAGCUAAUGCCACCCCAGCUGGCACUGCAGCAGCAGCAGCAGCAGCAACAGAAUUCGCAAAAUCAACCCCAACAGCAGCAGCAACAGCAGCCGCAACCACCGCAACACAUGAACAUGCCAAAACCGCAAGGCCGGCCCAUACUGAAGGGUGGCAGCGGAAAUGGUGGCCAGAUGCCACAACAGCUGCAACAGCAGCAGCAGCAGCAGCAGCAACAAAUGCCGCUGAUACAUCCACUGCCCCAGCAUGCACUGUCGCCGAUGACGGGUCCGCUGAACUUUGGCGGCAACAUGGAUUUCCCCCAGCAGCAGCAGCAGCAGCAGCAGCAACAGCAGCAACAGCAGCAACAGCAGCAGCAGCAGCAACAGCAGCAGCAGCAGCAGCAGCAGCAACAACCAUUCAACAACAACCGCAGCGGAAAUCCAAUCCUCGGUGCCCAUCAUCCGAUGGCACCGCCGUCAUCACAGCAGGGCCCACAGCAGCAGCAGCAGCCGGGUCAGCAGCAGCAGCAACAACAACCGCCACAUCAGCAACCGCAGCAGCAGCAGCAACAUUCGCCCAACAUGAUCAGCCCGCACAUGCAGCAGCUGUUGCAGCAACAGCGUCAAAUGCAGCAGCAGCGUGCGAUACGUAACCAGCACGUGCACAUGAAUAUGAUGCCACUGCAACAGCAGCAGCAGCAGCAGCAGCCGUUCCGAAUUCCAAACAUGCCAAUCGGUGGAAGUGGACAGCAGCAACAGCAGCAGCAGCAGCAGCAGAACGCAACCGGCAACGGGCCAUCGGCGGGCGGCGGCGUGAUCAACUACAACCGGGACGGAGGGCUCUCGCCGACCAGCAACCAGCUUGCCCGCUGGUUCUCGCCCGAGCUGCUCGCCCAGGCGUCCGCCGGCAAGCUGCCGUCGCUCAACAUCGGCCAGGCGAUGAGCCUCGAGGAGUUUGAGCGCAACAUGCAGCACUCGUCGACCACUGUACAUAACUAAAUCAACCUCCCUCCCCCUUCGCGAGGAGUGGUGCUUCAACGCGCUGCGUGUGGUGUGUGUGUGUAUCUAGGUGUGUGUGUUUGUGCGUGUGCGCGCGCGGGAAAGGAUAACGCCGCAAAUUGAAAUUGUGCAGCACGUGAGAUUUUUUUACCAUUAUUUUUAACUACAUAUUUAUAUUAUUAUUAUUAUUAUCAUUAUUCUUGAUUGUGUAGGCAAGCUUAGUUUGAGAUACUUUCUUAUUAUUAAUUUUUUUUGCGACGAUCCCCCUCAACCCCCUCCCCAUCUUCCGGGGUCGUGUUUAACUUAUGCUUGUAAAACGACGGUAUUGUGUAGUCGUACCCCAGGUAGCUUACGAAUAGGUGGAGGAGGUGUGUGUGUGUGGAGGGUAAAUAGAUAGUGAAAGAAGCAGUAGCUGACAGACACAGUGGUUGAUGGCGGUAGGAGGACGGUGACGGCGGGUUGGGGCAAAGCUUCCGACGGCACUGCCCAGGCAAAAGAGAAAGGGACGACGCUGCAAACGACGAGUGUCACGGCAAUUUCGAUGCCGCGCGUCUGGAAGAUCGAUCGUGUACAGAAUUUUCAUCACAAAAAGAGAAGCAAGGGGCAAGGAGGAGAGGCCCACGGGGGCACUAGUAUUUGAUAGACUGUGAGGCUAGAAAAGCAAAGGCAUAUAAGAGAACGAUGAGAUGUAGUGUAGCUGUUAGGGGAAGGAUUUAGAACGCUUUUGGCAUAUAUUUGGAGUCACAACAGCAGCGACAGGGCAAAGAUGCGCGUUACUUUCAUAGACACUGGGAAGCCCCCCCCCCCCCUCCCUCCCGAGCUCGCCGCACGUUUCUAAAUGGCUUACACAAGCGCCUCGCUCUCUGCUCGUGUUUAGUUUCGUUAAUUUUUUUUUGAUAUUUUUUUUUCUUUCUGAUUUCUGAUUUACUUUGUAAGCACAUGAAUUCUUCUAUUUUUCUGCACCCUUCAUUUCUUCAUUUUUAAAGUAUUACUAAACUUUUUUGUUGUUGGUCCUUUUCCGCUGCACGGCUGCGAUUUUGGGAGCAGCCGUUUCCGAAUUGAUUGUGAUGAUGCGCGCCGCUCUGCAUGCCCAAAACGAUGCACACCCCCCCCCCCCCCCCCCCUACAUACGCACGGUGUACAUUUCAUAUAACUAUCUUGCGAAGCGACGCGGUGAUGGGAGGCUAGAAGGGGCGGGAUGUGAUUUUAUCCGCCUCGUUCUUCCUUUACCCGCACACACGACGGGGUCGAUUGGUCGCAUUUCUCCGGUGGUGUUGGAAUGGAGUUAGAACGCGAAAACCAACCGCCGCUACUAUUACUGCUACCAUUACUACUAGAACUACUACUACCGAUACUACAACCACUACUACUAUUACAACUACUACUACUGCUGCUGCUAUAUGGAAAUGUGAAUCCUUCCGGUCGGGUGUGGCGCACGUGGAGCACACCGAAUGGGGGGAGAGCUUUGAGCGAGCGUGUUUCAUACGUAGGUUAGGUGCUUUACGGUGUUGUGCUACUGUAGGAGUGCGGGGCAAAGGAGUGGUGUUGUAAGCGCUUGAUUGAAGAUGAUGAUGUUGACGAGCGCGCAGGAUAAACUGCCGAGGUGCGUAGGGAAAUUAUUAGAGAAAAACGGAAAUUACAUAAAAACCAGACACAUACACACGUUAAUUAGGACACGCGGCUGAUGAAAACAAAAAAAAACACACACACACACACAUAUUUACAGAAGAACAUACAGGGGACGAUAAACGAAUGCUCCCAAAUUUGGCGCAGAGAAUCGAUUACACACACACACACAUACAGAAAACGUCUCUCUAGGCUUAAGUCGGCAUGUUCGAAAACGAAAAAAAACACUGAAAUAUAAUUAUUAUAAGAAAUACACAAACCCACACACAAAGGUAUGAUUGUUACUCACAAGGAAAAGUAAGCAAACAAAACAAAAAAAAACAAGAACAUUAAUAAAUCAUUGUAAAACCGGUACUUAUUAAGCAAAUGUGUGAGUAUUUGUGAUUGCGAUUGAGCAACAGAAAAAAAGAAACAAUACAAAAACCCUGAGAAAUCCUUACACGCGGACAGCAUCUCUCCCCGCACACGGCAAACACAAACCAAACGCAACUUACAGAAUAUACGUACAAACGCACACAAUCAUAUACUACGAUUCGUCAAAAUAAACUUGUAAUUAAGCGAACACA